AUGCACGGACAGCAGGAGGAGGGUUCCACAAGCUUUCUAUCCCAUUCCACGCCAGGACUAUGACAAUCUGUGGCCAUGCUCCCACCAGCUGGUCGCCUCCUGUCCCUCCUGCUGGUGAUAGGUACAGGGGGUACCGUGCACAGCCCCCAAGUACCUCCCCAGGGCUGCUAUGUGGCAGAGGAAGCCGGUGAGCAGACGUUCCGCUGCAGCCAGGCAGGCCUGAGUGCCGUGCCCACCGGCAUCCCCAAUGACACCCGCAAGCUCUACCUGGAUGCCAACCAGCUGGCAUCAGUGCCGGCUGGUGCCUUCCAGCACCUGCUUGUCCUAGAGGAGCUGGAUCUGUCCCACAAUGCUCUUGUCCACCUCUCAAGGGCCGCUUUCCAGGGCCUGGCAGCCACUCUGCGCCACCUCGACCUCUCUGCCAACCAGCUGGCCUCAGUGCCUGUGGAGGCCUUCAUGGGGCUGCAGAUCCAAGUGAACCUAUCCGCCAACCCAUGGCGCUGUGACUGUGCCCUCCAGGAAGUGCUCAGGCAGGUGAGGCUGGUGCCGGGCACUGGGACAGGCAUUGUGUGUGGCCCGGGAGCCCGACCAGACCUCGUGGGGCAGGAGUUCCUGCUGCUGGCAGGGGAGGAAGAGCUGUGUGGGACAGGGCAGGGUGGGGCCCAACGAAGCACCGACGUGGCCCUGCUGGUUACCAUGGGGGGCUGGCUGACACUGGUGGUGGCUUAUCUGGUCCACUACGUGUGGCAGAAUCGGGAUGAGACGCGGCACUCCUGCAAACAGGCCCCCGUGCUUCCUGUGCGCUCCAAGGACUCUUCCACACUGAGCACAGUGCUCUGA